CAAAAUUCAAGCAAGGUGGAAUUGAUGAAAUUGGGAAUUUGGAGCAGAGCGCCACCUGCUCUUUGCUCCGGACAAGAACCCAAGUGAAUUAUGUAUGACACGAUCAGUGACUCAAUCCAACGAUAUGCCUUCCAAUUCGUGGAGCAGACGUUGCGCAGAACGUCGGCGCCAGUAAAAUUGGUAUCUCGAGUGGGCGGCGAGGAGCAAGUGCUAUGCGAUGGAAGGUUGGCGGAGCAUCUUGACGACGGAGUGACGAUUUAUAUCAAUGACAAUAAGCUGUGGACGAGGUUACUCUCCGAUUUCGACCUGGGGUUCGCAGAGGCGUACAUGCUCCAAGAAGUGGACUGCGACAACCUCAGCAAAUUAUAUAUUCAAAAUCCCAGUGCCCUGGACGCAGGCAGUUUCCUGCUGCAAUGGGUCCCGCGGGUGACUCGGUGGUGGCGACCGGUGAACAACAUCGACAAUGCGAGACUACACAUUGCGUCCCACUAUGAUACAUCGAAUACGUUAUUUUCGAACUUUCUAUCCCCGGAUAUGAACUAUUCAUGCGCUCACUGGUCAGCCGAUCCCGAUGAAACUCUCGAAGUCGCCCAGAGGAGAAAGGUGCAUCAUCUCAUCAAGAAGGCGCGGAUCGAAUCAGGUCACCACCUGUUGGAUAUAGGCUGCGGAUGGGGAGAUCUGAUAAUCACAGCUGCGCGAGAAAUAGGAUGCAAAGCGACAGGCUUGACCUUGUCCGAGGAGCAGAAAGCUCUGGCUGACGAACGGAUAAAACAGGCAGGAUUGGAAGGUCAGGUCCGCGUGCUUCUGUGCGACUACCGCCAGGCCCCUUGCCCGGACAACGGAUAUGACCAGAUUAUCUCGGUUGGGAUGUUUGAGCACGUUGGACCUCAGUAUAUGGAUCAGUACUUUGAAACGAUCAGCCGCCUACUGAAGAAAGAUGGCGGAGUGGUGGUCAUCGACGGUAUAACGAAAAUAAGCACGUUUUACAAGGCAAACCCGCUCGUGGGAGAUUACAUCGACAAAUACGUCUUUCCCGGUGGGUACCUACCUACGCCGAGUGUCCUGCUGGAAGCAAUGAACCGUGGCAGCAACGGCACGCUGGAAGUCUCGUCGGUGAUCAAUACGGGCCCUCACUACGGGAAGACACUACUCGCGUGGAAGGACAACUUCGUUCAAGACUGGGAUGCCAUUCGCAAGGACUUCUGCGACAAACACCCCGGGGCGGGCACGGCGGAUGUUGAAGCCUAUCGCAGGCGUUGGCUGUACUAUUUUCUUUACUGUGAGGCGGGAUUCCGUAGGCGCAUCCUGGGAAACUAUAUGAUCUGUGCUGUGCGUGUUCCCGAGCCUGUUAUCAUGUACAAUGACCUUUCAUGUGAGUGGUAGAAGUGGUUACGGGGGUCUGAUACUAGUAUGGGAUUUAUCCCCUGAUAGG